AUGCUUUUGCUUGAUUAUCAGAAUACACUCCUCCAAUCGAUACUCACCGAGAAGUUCUCUGGAGCGAGCCCACCUUCGAACAUCGAUCAGGUUGUCAGCGAUUUCGACGGCGUCACAUUUCACAUAUCUACACCACAAAGCAAGACUCAGAUCCUGGUGUCGUUAGCGAUCAAAUGCUACAAGGAACUGAUAAGCUACGGCGCUGAACAAGUCCUACAACGGGAAUAUGGCGCCUACACAACGUCGCCCGAGGCUGGCUACGACUUUUCUAUCCUAAUCGACCUCGAGAAUCUUCCCUCCACACCAGAAGAGAGGACCGGGCUCGUGAAUCGCAUAGCACUUCUCAAGCGGAAUGUUAUGGCUGCGCCUUUCGAGAAGGCCUUUGACGAGCACAAGGCCCUAUCCGAAGAAGCUAGUAGAUAUACUUCAGAAUCUGCUCCACAAGGUGUGGCAGAAGGUGGUGAGGUUAUGGCCGUUCACUACAGGGAUGAGGAAGCAAUAUACAUCAAGGCUAGUUUUGAUCGAGUCACUGUCAUUUUCUCCACAAUUUUCCGGGAUGAGACAGACAGGAUUUUUGGCAAGGUCUUCUUACAGGAGUUUGUGGAUGCUCGACGUCGUGCUAUACAGAACGCUCCCCAAGUGCUCUUCAGGAGUGAUCCACCACUGGAGCUCCAGGGCAUGAGGGGUGUGGGCAAGACCGGCGAGAAAGGAGAGAUUGGCUUCAUCACAUUUGGUACAUAUAUUCUACAAGUUUUCGUUUCCCGUGCUAACACUACCAUUCAGUUCUCUUUCCACGCCAUCUGA